CGAGGAGCGCUAGUGCUGUAGUCGUUUAGCUGGUCCCCGUUCCAUACUGUAUUGCCCCUACCACGGUUCACUGUGUUAUUAUCUGCGAUUUCCCCAGUCCCCAGCUCCAGCCACUGUCAAACUGCUCACAGAUUUCUGUAUCAUUGCCAAGGUUUACCGGUUUUCAAAUAAGACUGUUUGUUUUAUUCCUAUGCUAGUCGAAUCCUUCCAUAGUUGAAGCGGUCUUACUUCUGUGGCUGAUCCAAAAUCUUCAAGCAUUCCCAAGAAAAAACAGUACACUACCAUGUCCAUCAUCGGAAAGCCCGUCCUGUAUUCAUACUGGAGGAGCUCUUGUUCAUGGAGGGUUAGAAUAGCCCUCAAUUUGAAAGAAAUUCCAUAUGACAUAAAACCAGUGAGCCUUGUUAAGGGUGGAGGGGAGCAGCACUGCAAUGAAUUCAGAGAGAUCAAUCCAAUGGAACAGGUGCCUGCCCUACAAAUUGAUGGCCACACACUUAUUGAAUCUCUAAAUAUAAUGCAUUACCUGGAGGAAACACGACCACAGAGAGCUCUUAUGCCACAAGAUGUUCAUAAAAGGGCGAAGGUGAGGGAGAUCUGUGAGGUAAUUGCAACUGGAGUCCAACCCCUCCAAAAUCUCACAGUUCUAAUCUAUGUUGGCGAAGAGAAAAAGAAAGAAUGGGCCCAACACUGGAUCACACGAGGGUUAAGAGCUGUUGAAAAGCUGCUAUCAUCUUGUGCUGGCAAAUAUUGUGUAGGAGAUGAAUUGACUUUGGCUGAUUGCUGUCUAGUUCCACAAGUUUUCAAUGCUCGAAGGUUCCACGUGGACCUACGGCCGUUCCCGAUCACACUACGAAUAGACCGCGAACUGGAGAACCACCCUGCAUUCCGUGCUGCACACCCCUCCAGCCAGCCCGACUGUCCACCGGAAGCGACCAAAUGAAAAACCGGAAGUGGCCGGAAGCGGACAAUGUCACAGCGGGCCUUAUUAUUCUGAUCCCAUCUUACCAGACUACUGAUGUGUGCUGUAUGAACGAUGCUGUAUGUAGUGCUCAGUGAAAUUAUAGAGUAAAGAUACCGUUACUUGUAGGUAGUAAUCAUUUACUGGUGAAAUAGAGUAAGUUGUUACCCCCAUGGAUACUCUUUGAGAUAGAUCUUUAUUUGAGUUCAGUGCUGAUACAAUGGAUGACUAUGUGAACGGUUCCGGAUUCAAAAGAUGCUAUCCAUUAUCUUAUGAAAGAUUUGACUGUUAUCCUCCUUGGACCUUCUCAUGAAACUCAUAGAGUAGGUAUUAUUAACUGAUUUCCGGUUUCUAGAACACUUACUUAUUGGAUCUAAUAAUGGAUCAUUAAACCUAUAGAACCAAAUCUAUGUAAUAGUUCAUUAAAUUUUCAAUAAUUUUCCCAGGAACUUAGCCUAGAUAUUCAAGAAAAACAAAACUAAAAAAAAUAACCAAUGUAAAGAAGAUUUCAAAAUUCAUGAGAAUAGUGUAGUUGAGAAUAAUCCCAUAUAGUACCUUUUUUAAAAACUUUUUACAUAAAAUAACGUUUUUUUUUUUUGAGAAGGUUACUACUGGAUUAUUUUUCAACUAUAAAUUAUUAUUAUUAACUAACAAAUCUAGUAGCCCUAAUUAAAUACGUUAGAAGGAAAUUAUGUAGCUUACCUGUAUCAAUUAUUGUAUUGAUGAAUGAUGAAUAAUUCUGAGUUAUUUACGUUUUUCUAUUAUAAUGACUAUUGAUCCCAACAAAAAAUAUAUGAGGAAGGAUCAGUUACCUAAUGCAUUGAAUAAUAACCUAUUCAGAAGUAUGGGUCUCCGUGGAUGGUGGAUAUAGAUAAAUAAUGUCUCCUUGGCUCCAAGUUGGAGGGAAGCUCACCAAUCUAUCAAAUUUACAAUCAAUAUUAUUAUAAUAGUAAAAAGAGGUUUUCCAGGAUUUUAUAAAUGAGUCUGUACCCAAUCUUAUAAAGUUUGUUGAAUGAGAAUUGAUAUUGUGAAAUUUUACCAUAAUUGAAAAAAAACACAGUUAUAUUUUGUCACAUCCACAUUCAUUAUAUACAUUAUUAAUAUAGGACUGUAUAAAUAAUUCCUGUAGUAAUGUCUGAUAAAUAUGGAUGUGAAAAAUAGAACUGUGUUUUUUAAAAUAUUUUAAAGUAUAAAAAAAGAAUGAUUGAACUCUCUUCUGUUAAUUAGGUCCAUGCUCUGUUCGAUUUGAAGGGGAGAGUCAUAGGCAAACUUGAAUAAUCUUCAUUUUGUUCGUUUCUUAUGAAUUUGUGAUUAUGGUGAAAGAUAUGAUAAACAUUUUUCUAAUAUAGAAAUAAUAGUAAAGUGAUUAGUAAAUUGAAUUACAAAUUAAUAUAUUCACAAUAGGGUACGGUAAGCUAUUAAAUUAUGUAAGAUUUUAGAACAACCGACAAUGGCAGGCUACACUUCUACUACCGGUACAGAUCGAAUGAUCAGUCAUUCUGUAAACAAGCAAGACAAUUGAAAUAUGUGUAUCUAGGAAAAUGUGGAAUAAGUAGUCUAUAGUGUGAUAGUUUUGUACAAAAGUAAUCGAGUAAUUGUAAUGACUUAUAAUAUCUGGUACUUUAGUACUGUAAUUCUGUAAGGAAUAGGGCUAUAUCAACUUCUGUGGAAAAAUUGAUUUGAUUUGGCUCUGUAACUGGGGAUAUUUGUCUCACUACCGUAGCUAUUUUAUGAAUAGCUAGAGAAAUAUAUUUGAAAAUAUUAUUAUAACAUCACAAAAUAUCAAUAGAAGAGCAUUAAUGCUUCCUUUUCAAUAUCAUGAAGCUAUUGAAACUUGAACCAAAAUUUUUGUUGAUAUCAUCCAAAAAUUGACUGUGGUUGAGUACCUGAUUCAAUAGCUAAAAAAAUGUUUAUGCUUGUGAUAUUAUACAGAACUUGAAUAAUAAAGUUGAUUAAACAUCAUAUUGUUGAAAUAUCAUUCAAUGAAACUUGUUGUUUUUGUUAUGGUUUUCUCAUUGUUAUAAUUAUAUACGUUCAUUGACAUACCGUAGGCUAAUCGAAUAUUGAUUACUGAUGAACAAAUUUUUGAAGUACCUAGCCUACGACAUGCUUGCAUAAAAUUAAUACUGUUUAUUUAUUAUAAUGCAGAAUUUUUCUCCAAGUAGACAGUAGCUAUUACAAAUUAUAUAUUGUACAGUUAAAUAGUAUUAUUAGUUGAUUAAUUGUAUAAGUGAAUAGUGUAAUUAAUAGAUAGAAUAGUAUAGUGCAUAAGUAGGUAAAAAUGAAAGUUCAAACGAUUAAAGCUGCUCAUAAAUUAAUGACAUCAAAUUGGCUCUGCCUCAAUAUUUAUAGUAGAUUCAAAAAGCUAAACACAUGCAAUAGCAACAAAUUUUUCUAAGAAUAAAAUUAGAAGAGCUUUGUAUUACCCGUAGUAAAAGUAAAAGGAUCUGUUGAUAAACAUAAAAUAUAAAUUAUAAUGUACGGUAUCAUAGAGUAACUACUUUUUACAAGCAGAUUUAUAGUACAUUAUUUGUAUCAGCUUUCAAUCAUUGAUAAUUAUAUAACCAGGCAAUGUCAUUGCAAAUGUCCUGAAAAACCUCAAAUGAGUUAAGUUAAUUCAUUCAGGUUUUUUGUUAUCAGUUUUUUUCUAAAUAGUGAAGUAUUCAACUUAUUCAUGUGAAGUAGGCUAUGUAGGGCUACUCAAUAUUAAAAUUGUCAAAGUAUUGUUGAUAAUAAUAUUAUUAACCAAGCUGAAUAACCAUUGGUGCAAUCCUUUGGUUUCAAUAUUAUUCUUUUAGUAAUUAUAGCCUGCACUACCUACAAAUUUAUUCAUUCUGAAAGUAUGUUUGCUUACUUGGGCGAAUUGAACUUUGGAUUUCAAUGUCUCCAACUCUCCAUGGUAGCUAAUAAUUAAAAACUUCUAAUUUUCACAAGUAAUUUCCGACUGCAUAUAGCCUAAACCUUUAAUUUUAGGCCUACUCAUCAUUGCGAAUAUUCAACCAAGGCACAGUUUAGUAUAAUAUAGUAAAUAAGUUAGUUGAUUGUGUUAUUCCAGGUUGGAAUUGUUGAAGUGAUAAUCAAACUGAAGAUAAUAAAAACUAGUAAUUUCAGAGAAACAAUA